AUUUUAGCAAGAGCGAGUGGUGAAGAGAGACAUUGAAUAGUGCAUCGUGACAAUAAAUAAUAAAGGAACAUAUUCCAAGGAAAUACUCACAAACUCCAAACUCCUCAAUUUAAGUGUUUCAAACUUCUUCAAUCUUCCAUUCCAUUCUUUUUCCACCCUUCUCUCUCCCAAUGAUUUGAACAUCACUAUGGGUUUCCUCCGGCGACUUUUCGGCGGCAAAAAACACCACAAUCCUCCGCCGGAAACCACCGCAAAAAAAGACAAGAAAACCUGGAGCUUAGCCAAAAACACCACAAGGGACAAAACCAACUCACUCUCGUUGAAUAACCACAAAAAUACUGACAUUUCCGCUUCUCUUUCCGAAAACUAUGAUGCCAAUAAACAUGCAAUUGCUGUAGCCGCCGCUACCGCCGCCGUAGCCGAAGCUGCACUCGCCGCCGCUCAUGCUGCCGCCGAGGUUGUCAGACUGACGAGUAACACCGAUUCCGAACAUUCUGUGGUUACACCAAAAACUCCGAAGACUGGCCGGAGACGCUCGCCGGCGGAAGUUGAUGCCGCCGUGAAGAUACAGUCGGCGUUCCGAGGUUACUUGGCAAGGAGGGCAUUAAGAGCACUUAAAGCAUUGGUGAAAUUGCAAGCUUUGGUGAGAGGUCACAUUGUAAGAAAGCAAACUGCGGACAUGCUAAGACGAAUGCAAACAUUGGUGCGACUUCAGUCGCGUGCACGCGCAAGUCGCAUGCACGUGUCUGAUAGUAUGCACUCCUUCAAGUCUUCACUUUCUCGUAAUCCUGUCCCCGAUGAUUAUGAGCACCGACUUCGUGUCUAUAGGACGAAAUUUGACGGAUCCUCCAUCCUCAAGAGAUGUAGUUCCAAUGCAAAUUUUAGGGACAUGAACCUGGAACGAGCCCGAUUCGGUUCGAAUUGGUUAGACGGUUGGAUGGAUGAAAACACAUGGAGCCAAGCCGGAGACACUUCAUCGAAAAUCAUACAUCUUGAUGACGAAAAGAGUGAUAAAAUUCUUGAAGUAGAUACUUGGAAGCCACAUUUGAAAUCACACCAUAGUACUAGCACAUCUUUUCAACAUCAUCAUUCAUCUUGUGAUUACAAUAAUGAGAAUUUUACAGUACACGAGUCACCGUCGAAACGUUCGCUAAAACCUCACAGUUCAAGUCUCUCUUAUAUGAAACAUCAAAAAGAUAAAGAAGAAGUAGCUUCAUCACGAACAACCGAUUAUAGUCCUCAAGCGCUUUCGGCUUCUUCUAGACUUGAAAGUGGUUUGAGGAGAGGUCCUUUCACACCAACUAAAAGUGAGUCUUCAUGGAGUUUUUUCAAUGGUUACUCUGGUUGUCCUAGUUAUAUGGCAAAUACUCAAUCUUCUAGGGCUAAGGUUAGGUCACAAAGUGCUCCAAGACAAAGGCUAGAGUUUGAGAGAAACAGUGUUUCAACUACAAGAUCUAUUCAAGGUCUUUGAGGUCACAUUGCAAGCUUUAUGAAUGAAAAAGAAAAAAGUAUAAAUAUAUUUUUAGUUCUUAUAAUCAUUCUCGAAUUUGGUUUUUAGUCAUUUUACUAAUUUUUUGUCUAUACAAAUUACACAUGUUUUUACUCUCGGAAGAGAUACUAAAAACAUACAGUUUUUAAUUUGUCUAGUAGACUAAAAAUGAGUGUAUAGAGACUAAAAACAAAAAUGAAAAAUGAAAAUUUAUAAGAACUAUAAAUACAUUUAAUCCUAAACAAAUAACUUGAUGUCACAUUUGUUUUCUUCUGCUUUGUCUUCCAAUGUAUUAAAGUAGUUCUAAGGUGUAAUUAUUUAACAUUUCGUUGA